UCUCGUCAUGUCCUUUUUUGUGUAGGUUAAAAUUGAUCUAUUUACGACGUCGUGUCUGUGUUUACCUUGGACAUCUCUUUUUGUCUUUUUACUUCUUUCUCGCUCCCUAUCAAAGCUACCACAAAUGGAGCUUUCAAUUCCUCCUCGCCUCCUGAGCAUCUACUCCACCUCCACAGCCGCCGCAACUGCCCUACUAAAAACCAACCCUAGAAUUCCUCUUAGGUUUCCCUCCAUUCCUUUUCUUCCUUUGCAACACUCACUCUCCCCUUUCACUUUGAAACAAAUGAAUAAUAAUUCCCAUUCACCACUUUGUUGUUCCUCUCUUCCCCAAAACAACGGCUCCCCUCCCCCCACUUUGCCUUCAGCCAAUCCAGGUCGGAUUGGAGAGGUGGAGAGAGUGACGAAAGAGACUAAUGUGUGGGUUAAAAUUAACUUGGAUGGCACUGGGGUUGCUAAUUCUAGUACUAGUAUUCCGUUUCUUGAUCAUAUGCUGGAUCAACUAGCGUCUCAUGGGUUGUUCGAUGUGCACGUCAAGGCUACCGGGGACAUUCAUAUUGAUGAUCAUCACACCAAUGAAGAUGUCGCCCUUGCUCUUGGAACGGCAUUGCUUCAGGCACUUGGUGACAGGAAAGGAAUUAACCGGUUUGGUGAUUUUUCAGCUCCUCUUGAUGAAGCAUUGAUACAUGUUUCACUGGAUUUAUCUGGCCGACCACAUCUAAGUUAUGAUUUGAACAUUCCCACUGCAAGAGUUGGGACAUAUGACACUCAGUUGGUGGAGCAUUUUUUCCAGUCUUUGGUCAAUACUUCUGGCAUGACACUACACAUACGGCAGCUUGCAGGAAAAAAUUCACAUCAUAUUAUUGAGGCAACAUUUAAGGCUUUUGCUAGGGCCCUUAGGCAGGCAACAGAAUAUGAUCCACGUCGCCUUGGGACUAUACCAAGCUCAAAAGGGGUUCUAUCGCGAUCUUGAUAUUCCAUGAGCAUCAUACAGAACAUAGGUUAAGCCAUAUGAUCAUAAGAUGAUGUCAAUGACCCCGUUGUCUUUAAGAGGACUUACAUUGAGAUGAAUUGAUUGUGGAUGGAGAUAUCUAAUUAAGAGAUUACAUUGUCUAGGACUUCAUUUCAUAUUUUAUGGUCUUAAUUGUAACUUUUACAUAUACUUAGAACAUUUUAGAAUAUUUAGGUUGUUUUAUAUUAAUUACUAUUUUUGUUCUUCUUCCAAGUAUUAAGGUUUUAGGUUUA